CGGAGCCAGAGUAUUCUUUGCCAGGGUCGAGUCUGUCUGUUUUCCUGUUUUUGUGUGUAUUGCUACUACACAAGGCACAGAGCAUUCGAAGACUACACAAACCUGUCGACACAGUUUCCCAGGUUGGCCAUUGGAACUUGCACAAUUGUCUCCCAGCAGAACCCAGACACACAUCAUCAUCAACCAUGGCCGAAGUCAAGGCGUCUGUCCUCCACGGAGCGAAGGACCUCAGAGUGGAAUCCCGCUCCCUCGCCUCCCCGUCCGCCGACGAGGUCCAGGUCGCCGUCCAGGCCACGGGGCUGUGCGGCUCGGACCUGCACUACCACGGCCACUACCGCAACGGCGACAUCCUUGUGCGCGAGCCCAUGACGCUCGGCCACGAGUCGGCCGGCACCGUCACCGCCGUCGGCUCCGGCGCCAGCGGCCUGCAGGUCGGCGACCGCGUGGCCCUCGAGGUCGGCCUGCCCUGCGAGAGCUGCGCCCUGUGCCAGUCCGGCCGCUACAACAUCUGCCGCGGCAUGAACUUCCGCUCCUCGGCAAAGGCCUUCCCGCACUCCCAGGGCACCCUCCAGGAGCGCAUCAACCACCCGGCAAAGUGGUGCCACAAGCUGCCUCCCGCCGUCUCCCUCGAGCAGGGCGCCCUCGUCGAGCCCCUCUCCGUCGCCUUCCACGCCCACUCCCGCGCGGGGCUCACCAGGGAAACCGCCGCGGACGCGACCAUCCUGAUCCUCGGCGCGGGGGCCGUCGGCCUGUGCUGCGCCUACGCCAGCCGCGUCCUGUGGAACCCCAAGCGCAUCGUCAUUGCCGACAUCCAGACCGACCGCGUCGACUUCGCCGUCCAGAACGGCUUCGCCGACGUCGCCGUCACCGUGCCCCUCGGCCGCCCCCAGAGCAUCGAGGACAAGCUCGAGUAUGCCCGCGGCGUGGCCGACCUCGUCAAGACGGCAAAGGUCCCCGGCUCGGACGGCGAGGUCGUCGGCGAGGUCGCCGCGACGUUUGAGUGCACCGGUGUCGAGACUUGCAUGCAGGCUGCUAUCUACUCCACCCAGCCCGGCGGCAAAGUAAUGAUGAUUGGCAUGGGCACGCCCAUCCAGACGCUGCCCCUCUCGGCCGCCGCCCUGCGCGAGGUCGACCUCGUCGGCGUCUUCCGCUACGCAAACACGUACCCCAAGAUCAUCGAGCUGCUGGCCAACCCCCCAGCGUCCUCGUCGGCGGAGGUAGAAGGAGGCAGCAGCAAGAGCCGGAUCCCCGACAUCACGAAGCUGAUCACGCAGCGGUACAAGGGCCUCGAGAACAUCCCCAAGGCGUUCGACAUGGCGAGCAAGGUCAAGGACGAGCAGGGCAACCUGGUCAUCAAGGUAUUUGUUGACAUGAGCGAGUAAAAAAAGAAAAAAGGCUGGUAGGCGUGUAGCGGUUUGAAGAAAAGACGAGACUAUGGUAUAGCAUUUUGGGGGAAGGCGUGAGGUGGGGAGUUCGGGGUGCUGGUAUUAUCGUAGCGAAUGAUGCAUUGUAUAUAUAUAGUCUGAAAUGGAUAUGCGUUGAGUCAGUAUUGGAGGCACGAAUAAUGCAUGGGACAGCCACAAGAAGGCGUU